AUGGAUAGUUUAUUGGAUCAGCAAGAACCUCACUCGAACGACACCGACCCAUUUCUCCACGUUUAUCGUCACGCGAUUACAUUACAUCCCAGCCCACUUUUGCUUUCGCGAUACGCGACCGAGUCUACGCAGAGUAGCCCCAGAAAGUCUAACGACAAGUCUCCCACCACGCCGACCAAACAGACCCCGCUACCACGAUUACAAACGCUCAGCGAUCUGCCGAAGCCAACUCCAUGUCAGACCCACGGUCAUGAAGAUACAACGGCACAACCACGUGUGCUCGUACCUCGCCGCGGCACAUCCAACAUCCCCGCAAAAAGUCCACGAGCAGCGAACACCACGACACAGAAGACCUUCACCGUAGCCCUGUACGCUGCAAACCACAGGCCGUACGAAGCCCCAAUCAAGUUCUUCCAUCAACAAGCCACCAAACGGUCGCGCCUCGAGCAGAUCUUCGUUGGUCGAAUGCAAGGAGGGACCGAGCUCCUCUCGUGGCUUGACGUCGUCCGUCCCAAGCUCUUCACCCAGAUUUCCGGCUUUGUGUUCCCGCCAGGCGGCGACUCCUUCCUCAGUCCCAAAGAAACGAUCAACCUCAUCGGCGGCCUCACCGAUCAACGCGACGCCGAUGUCUACCAUCUCUCACAGCUGACAGCCAAGUUUUUGCGGGAGUACUUUGCGAACAUGAGCAUGGGAGACCGCCCGCUGUUGUACGGCCAAGCCCAGACAGAUGACGAGAAGAUUGCUUUCCAUAAAGAGAGCCUACACGAUAUCUUCUUCUCAAUCCAAGUCCACCGCAGGAAGCAGAACAAGAACAUCGUCGGUGAUCUAAACAAGGGACCGAAUCCUCUGGUGGCGAGGGCGGCGAAGGAGAGGUAUAUCCAGGGAGCGUGCUUCUGCAUUCACCCCGCAGUGAUGCACAAGGUCGUUCAGCAUGUUGUUGAGGCGCGCAGGGCCUUCCUGGAAACCAAAAAGAAGAUGCAGACUCAAGCUCAACCCCCGGCCCCACGUCAGCCAGAACUGCAUUAUUCGGGCAGAUUCGAUUCAAUUCGAUCUCUGCGAAAGGUCAAAAGAUGCGGUUCGAUUCUCCUCAAAGGAACCGAAAACCCCAAUAACAACAAGCUCAUCCCCCUAGUCCCAAUCCCAACCGAAGACUGGGGCUGUCGUGACCCCCAAGCCUGGUUGGCGGGAUGGAACUUGGAAAUGGAAAGCGUGGCUUACAUGGCUCGGAGCAGCGAGUUUCCUCGUGUUCGAAAGAGUGAGGAACGCCAGCUUGUGUAUUACCAGUUUGCCAGAAGUGUUGAUGAGUGGAUGUGGCGGUUGGCGCAGUCUAAGAAGAACGCUGGUUUGGGGAAGGCUGAGAAUAAUAUGCGGUGCGAAAUGGGACAGGCUAAGAAGACCAUCACGGCCGAGGAGUGUGGACUGCCUCAGCCGCCGAGGGCUUGUAACAUGGAGGAUACGGAGGAGUUGUUGAUUGAGCUUUGA